AUGUCGCACGUUUCGCUUCGGUUUAGUCUCGAUAAUUCAAUCGACGUUCAACGUUGUGUCUGCCCUGUGUGCCCCGCGAUAGUGCCGUUACGCGAUUACGAAUACUCCAGCGAAUACCCUCAACGCUCCAUGCCCAUGCCCUACGUGCCGCAGGGUGCAAAAAAAAAAUAAAUAAAAAUAUAUACAAAAAUUUAUUGUCGCAGCGGAAGCGGAAGUACAUCGCGUGUGUGUGUGUGUGUGUUUGUGUGCCUCUGCAAUGGAUUUCAUUUUCAUUUGCCACUGCAUUCCCCAGUGAAACCGAAACGCGAACAGUGGAAAUGUGCUCAGGCUAGAGCCGUGUGCCACCGCCACCGUAUCGGUCAAGUGAAGCGCGAUUACACGGGGAUUACCGACGCCCAAUGUCAUCCCAAUCAAUUGAUCGCCAAGCAGCCACUCACCUAUUGAGGCAUUAGUUUACUGCUCCCGUCUGGCAGUAAAUGGGUUAAAAUUAUGUACAUUAAUCGCCGAAUGAAUGUCGAAUCAGUUAGAGAGACUGCUGUUUUUUAUUGUGGUGAUUUCAGGUGCAUUAUGUACAGUAGAAGAUUACGUAAUAAUGUCACAGUGUGCACACAACAAAGCCAUACACCUAGCUGCGGCAGGAACAGUCUCAGUGACAGACAUUUCACAGAUACAAAAUAUAACGAUAGUCGGCCUCCCGGAUUAUGUGAACAACGAAUUCAAAAUAGCACUGUACGCAAAAGAAACCCAAAGGUAUUUGUGUUUCAACGACAAUUGGAGAUUAGUUGGCAUGAGGGAACUGCGCGAUACCUGCUACUUCAACGAGACGAUCGUGCACGGUUAUUUCGUGUUCCGGUCCGUUGUCGACCUGCAGCGCCGUGUCGGGUUCACGCACCGAGGUAAGCCCGUGGGACCCAAGAAGACCGUCAACGAUGCCUGCUACAUGUUCAACAAGAUCGAUGCCGAGCAGUUUUUCCAUCAGCACACGUUACCAAAAUGGCGCGAGAUGGCCGCCAGCCAGAUGAUGGCCAGCAAUGGGAAUGGCAGCAGUAAUGGCCGCAAGCCGUUGCCGCUGCCACUUCCACUGCCACUGCCGUCGCGCAGCAACAAAAACAAUCGCCACAAAUCGAAUAACCAAAAUCAAAAGUUGCAGCCGCAACAGGAGCAUCAUGGCCAUAAUAAUAAUAACAGUAACAUUAUUAUUAACAAUAGUAGUAAUAGUCUAAGUAGCACUAACAAAAGGAGAUUAGCAUUAAAUCGACAGAAGCAGCAGCAGCAGAAGCAGCAGCAGCAGAAGCAGCAGCAGCAGCAGCAGCAACAUCAGGUGCGACACCAUCACAAUGAUCCUUCGCUGCUGGCCAGGCGGCAGCAGCACGACAAGAAGCAGAAGCGACGACGCAAGGAGCAGUUGCAACAACGAGUCACAGCUAGUCCAACGAAACGAAUGACUGCAGCAGCCACAGCAGCUGCCACCACGGCAGCAACAUCGACAUCCGCAUCCGCAUCCGCAACGACCACUGCAACCAAAUGGUUAACAGCCACACUGUCCAUCAAGCGCAAGGGGAGACGAAGAAAGGGCAAGCCGAAGGCCAAGCCGCCGCCAGUCACGGCUGCCACAUCAACAUCUUCCGACGACUCCCUCUACAGUAGCAGCAGCAGCAGCAGCAGCAGCAGCGGCAGCAGCAGCAGCAGCGGCAUGGGCUACGAGGAUCCCUACAAUGCCAGCAGCACUAGCAUCACUACCUUGGAGCCCUGGCCCACCUGGUCCACCAUUGAUAGCUUUACGCCAGAUGUUGCGGGUGCAAGUAGCAGCAGCAGCAGCAGCACAACUGCAACAUCAGACGACAGUAUUAGCAGCAGCAGCAGCAACUACGAUGCCUGGUCCACAUUCAUCACGGAGCUGGAGAGCGAGGCCUCCUCGGCCACCACCACCACGACAGAGAUGAGCGGCAACGACACCGAGCUGCUGCUGCAGUACGAGGCAGAGCUGGUGGAAGACGCGGAGACAGUGUCCACGACGGACUAUGAAACCAAAGGAACAUCGGCGGCAACAGCGGCAACGGCAGCCACAACUACCUCGACAGCGGGCACCCAGCUGGUGAUAGAGCAGACGCCGCUGCAGCAGGAGCUGGCCAGAGCAGCGUCGGCCACAACGGCAGCCACCACCACUCUCGCCAGCCAGACUGAUCUUGCACCGAGCACGCAUAAGCUGAGCAGGCAUCGUGGCGGUGGCGGUGGCGGUGGCAGCAAGGAGAACCACAGGCAGUGGCUGCAGGGCGACAAUAAGUUGCAGCAGCAGCACAAGCUCCUGCUGCCACUGCAUCCGCCGACAGGCAGCACGCGAGUACCUUCCGCGACGACGCCCAGGAGGAGACUCUCCGCAUCCACAUCCACAUCCACAACCACUGUGGAGAGGAUGACGGCAACGCCGCCUCAGCAGCAUGGCCUCAUAGACAAGAUUUUCAGCGUGUACAAGAACAUCAAUAGCCACCUGAACAACACCCUCACCGAGGCCUCGCCGACAGUCGACACCAGUCGAGGGGGGACCGUCACGGCGGCGACCACCAGCACCACCAAGAAGUCCCUGCGCAAGUCCACCCAGAAGCUGAUGGCCACGCCCUACCACCAGCUGACCUACGUGCGCAACGAGGCGGGGGACAUCGACAUCGACAACCUGGACAAUAUCAGCGUCUAUCCCGAUCUCUUCGAGGGGGAGCUGGACGUCAGCGACAGUGGCAACGGCAACGGCUCCACCAGCAACAGCCGCCUCACCUUCGUCAGCGGGUACCUGGCCACCUCGCCCACGUCCGUGCUGCCCGAGUCGAUACGGAUCGCCAAGAUCAAGAUCAACAACGAGCGCCGGCGCCUGCAGCUGCACAGCCAGCGGAGGUUCGCGUAGUAUCAUCAUUUUGGAGAUUAGAGAUUGGAUUGCACUCAGAACAGUUUUCGAAUGAAUUAAGGCACGAUUAAAACACACAAACAACAAAUUAUGGAUGAAUAAACUGCAAUUUAUAAUGAACUGAUACAUAUAUAUACAGCGAUCGAUACUCGUAUGGGCCUAUACGGAGUUGCUUACUGUUCAGUACCUCAGCUCAGACAGAAGUUUGCACUUGCACGCCUUAAAGCACACUACAGAAGCGGAAGCGGAAGCGAAGAAGACCAGGAAGACCAUUACUCAGGCCAUACAUCACCCAAUGGAGUACAGAGUACGGAGUACAGUGGACGGCGGAGGGCCGAAUGGAAAGAACUCGCAGAACUGCUACAUAGUUAUAAAUGAAAAGACAAUAAGAUUUUUAUUUACGAGUAUGUGCUAUAUAAGCUAACGAAACGAAACGAAACGAAAUGAAACGAUGAGGAGAGCCGUAGCGAUAGCAAUAACGAUAACGAUAGCGAUAGCGAUAAUCGAUGAUUGAUUGAUGUUUCAUAAUUAACUGCAAAAAACAAACUGUUGAAAUGGAAAAUGAAAUUGAAAUUGCAUUUGCUUGCAGCUGACUUUUGGUUACUAAAUCAAUUAAAUUUAUUAGCAAUGAGAAUUAAUACAAGCAAAUGCUAAACAAAAAUCGAUAAAUAUAUAUAUAAAUAUAUGCAUAUAUUUUCAAAAUUUUAUAACGAAACGAAAACCAAUUGCAAUUAGAAAACAAAUAACAAAUUUAACGAAAAGCAAAAACCCAUGAAGACGUUUUUUAAAUUCAUACGCAAGCAGAAACUAAGAAUCGAUAACGAUAGCGAUAGCGAUAACGAUAGCGUGAGCAAGGUCGCACAGAAAAACACUUCCGAUAACAAACAAAAAAAAAGAACGUUUAGAAAGCAAUAAAUCAAUAUUAAAGAAUUUUACUAGGCACCCAGCGAAACGAAUUUGGACAGAUCUAUGGGGGGUUGUGGGGGGGGCUCCAUUCAGAAUAAACCGAAUUUUUUAAUCAAAUGCAGAAAGUUGUUGAAAUUGUCAGAGGAGAGGGCAUACUGUAUGUAAUGAGAGCGAAGGGGGGUGGCGGGGUAGGCGAACGAACCUAGAUCAAUGGAACAUUUUAAGGAACUGCACGAGAGACACCAAAAUUCACACUGAAUAAGCCACGUUAUAUUUAUUAACUGAAUCUGAAUAUGAAACUAAAACUAAAACUAAAGCUAAGCAAAUCGAAUCAAAAUAGCAACAAAACAGACAGAACAGCUGCUUUUCUACAUACAAACACAGACACAGACGCAAACACAUGCACAUAUACACACACAUACAUAUACGUAUAUAAAGCUAUAUAUAUAUGAAGACGAAAAUGGAAAAAUGAUGAGCGAAAAUUGUUUCUCGUAUAUUUAUAUUAUAAUAUUUAAAGUAAAUAGUUCAAACAAAUUAGCAAACCAAAUAUGCGAAAUUCAAACAAAUCUGCGGAAAAGGAGUCAAGUAAAAGCGAAACAAAAAAAACUGAAGCAUCAAGUUUAUACUCGAUAUAUAUGAAUGUAAAAAGGAGGAAGCCCCACAAACAAAUACAAAAACAAAAACAAAAACACGAAGAAGUUAAAGCAAACUGCUUAGGUGAAAAUUUAAUUAGUGUGUACUU